GCUCAUCCAACAGUAUAAAAGGAGGUUUAGGACCAAUCUGACUUGCCCUUCCAAAGACAGUUAAUAGUCUUGUCCAGUGUUGACACUCCUCACUACCCAUUUCGUGCAUCAGGAGGGUUCUCUGUUAAACCACAGCCAUGUCUUCGGAUGCUGAGAUGGCUGUCUUUGGGGUAGCGGCCCCUUAUCUCCGCAAGUCAGAAAAGGAGAGAAUUGAGGCUCAGAAUAAGCCCUUUGAUGCCAAGACAUCAGUCUUUGUGGUGGACCCUAAGAUCUCCUUUAUAAAAGGCACUGUCCAGAGCAGGGAGGCAGGGAAGGUCACAGUCAAGAAAGAAGGUGGAGAUACUGUGACUGUUAAGGAUGACCAAGUCUUUCCUAUGAAUCCUCCCAAAUAUGACAAAAUUGAGGACAUGGCCAUGAUGACCCACCUGCAUGAACCCGCUGUCCUGUAUAACCUCAAAGAGCGUUAUGCAGCCUGGAUGAUCUAUACCUACUCCGGUCUCUUCUGUGUCACUGUCAACCCCUACAAGUGGCUCCCAGUGUACAACCCCGAGGUGGUAACUGCCUACAGGGGCAAGAAGCGUCAGGAGGCUCCUCCCCACAUCUUCUCCAUCUCUGACAAUGCGUAUCAAUUCAUGUUAACUGAUCGUGAGAAUCAAUCAAUCCUGAUCACCGGAGAAUCUGGUGCUGGAAAGACUGUGAACACGAAACGUGUCAUUCAGUACUUUGCAACAAUUGCAACUACAGGUGACAAGAAGAAGGAAGAACCACAGCAAACUGGCAAGCUAAAGGGCACCCUUGAAGAUCAAAUCAUCAGUGCCAACCCCUUGUUGGAGGCCUUUGGAAAUGCCAAGACUGUGAGGAACGACAACUCCUCCCGUUUUGGUAAAUUCAUUAGAAUCCAUUUCGGUGCCACAGGCAAACUGGCUUCUGCCGACAUUGAGACAUAUCUGCUGGAGAAAUCCAGAGUUACUUUUCAGCUAAAAGCUGAAAGGAGCUACCACAUCUUUUACCAGAUCAUGUCUAACAAGAAGCCAGAACUGAUUGAAAUGCUCUUGAUCACCACCAACCCUUAUGACUACCACUUUGUCAGUCAAGGGGAGAUCACUGUUGCCAGUAUUAAUGAUCAGGAAGAGCUGAUGGCAACUGAUGAAGCCAUUGACAUCUUGGGUUUCACUGCUGAAGAAAAGACAGCCAUUUACAAGUUGACAGGAGCUGUGAUGCACUACGGGAACAUGAAGUUCAAGCAGAAGCAGCGUGAGGAGCAGGCUGAGCCAGAUGGCACUGAAGUUGCGGACAAGGCAGCCUACCUCAUGAACCUGAAUUCAGCAGAUUUGCUGAAAGCUCUGUGCUAUCCCAGGGUCAAGGUCGGCAAUGAAUAUGUCACCAAAGGCCAAACCGUCCAGCAGGUUUACAACAAUGUUGGUGCUUUGGCUAAAGCUGUUUAUGAAAAGAUGUUCUUGUGGAUGGUUGUUCGUAUUAACCAGCAGUUGGACACCAAGCAACCCAGGCAAUACUUUAUUGGUGUGCUGGACAUUGCUGGCUUUGAAAUUUUUGAUUACAACAGCUUAGAGCAGCUGUGUAUCAACUUCACCAAUGAGAAACUGCAACAGUUUUUCAACCACCACAUGUUUGUGCUGGAGCAAGAGGAGUACAAGAAAGAAGGAAUUGAAUGGGAGUUUAUUGACUUUGGAAUGGACUUGGCUGCCUGCAUUGAACUUAUUGAGAAGCCCAUGGGCAUUUUCUCCAUCCUGGAAGAAGAGUGCAUGUUCCCCAAGGCAACAGACACCUCUUUCAAGAACAAGCUCUAUGACCAGCAUUUGGGUAAGAGCAACAAUUUCCAGAAACCCAAGCCUGCCAAAGGCAAGGCUGAGGCCCACUUUGCCCUGGUGCACUAUGCGGGCACUGUGGACUACAACAUCACCGGCUGGCUGGAGAAGAACAAGGACCCCCUCAAUGAUACUGUGGUGGGGCUGUACCAGAAAUCAUCCAUGAAGACUCUCGCUCUACUGUUUGCUGAUCGUCCUGCAGAUGCAGAGGGUAGUGGUAAGAAGGCUGCCAAGAAGAAGGGUUCUUCCUUCCAGACUGUGUCUGCUCUUUUCAGGGAGAACUUAAACAAACUGAUGACCAAUCUGAGGAGUACUCAUCCACAUUUUGUGCGCUGCAUUAUUCCCAAUGAAACCAAAACACCUGGUGCCAUGGAACAUGAGCUUGUGUUGCAUCAGCUGAGAUGCAAUGGUGUAUUAGAAGGCAUUCGCAUUUGCAGAAAAGGAUUUCCCAGCAGGAUCAUUUAUGGUGAUUUCAAGCAGAGAUAUAAAGUUUUAAAUGCAAGUGCAAUUCCAGAAGGCCAGUUCAUUGAUAGCAAGAAAGCUUCAGAGAAGCUUCUUGGCUCCAUUGAUGUUGAUCACACACAGUAUAAAUUUGGACAUACCAAGGUGUUCUUCAAAGCUGGUCUUUUGGGUCUUCUGGAGGAAAUGAGAGAUGAUAAGCUCGCUCACCUGAUAACACGCACACAGGCUAUGUGCCGUGGCUUCUUAUCAAGGGUGGAAUACCAGAAAAUGUUGGCAAGGAGAGAAGCCAUAUUUUCUAUUCAGUACAAUAUCCGCUCAUUCAUGAAUGUCAAACACUGGCCAUGGAUGAAGUUGUUCUUCAAGAUAAAGCCUCUUCUGAAGAGUGCUGAGUCAGAAAAGGAGAUGGCCAAUAUGAAAGAAGAGUUUGCAAAAACAAAAGACGAGCUUGCAAAAUCGGAAGCUAAACGGAAGGAACUUGAAGAAAAAAUGGUGUCCUUGAUGCAAGAGAAGAAUGACUUGCAGCUCCAAGUUCAAUCUGAAGCUGAUGGCUUGGCAGAUGCUGAGGAGAGAUGUGACCAGCUGAUCAAAACCAAAAUCCAGCUGGAGGCUAAAAUUAAGGAGCUGACUGAAAGGGCAGAAGAUGAAGAGGAAAUGAAUGCUGAAUUGACAGCAAAAAAGAGAAAACUAGAAGAUGAAUGCUCAGAGCUGAAGAAGGAUAUUGAUGACCUUGAGCUAACACUGGCCAAAGUUGAAAAAGAAAAACAUGCUACAGAAAACAAGGUGAAAAAUCUCACUGAGGAGAUGGCAGUCUUGGAUGAGACAAUUGCCAAGCUGACCAAGGAGAAGAAAGCCCUCCAAGAGGCCCACCAACAGACCCUGGAUGACCUGCAGGCAGAGGAAGACAAAGUGAAUACUCUGACCAAAGCCAAGACCAAGCUGGAACAGCAAGUGGACGAUCUUGAAGGGUCCCUGGAGCAAGAGAAGAAGCUUCGUAUGGAUCUUGAAAGAGCCAAGAGGAAGCUUGAAGGAGAUCUGAAACUGGCCCAGGAAUCCUUAAUGGAUUUGGAAAAUGAUAAGCAACAGCUCGAUGAAAAGCUUAAGAAGAAAGACUUUGAAAUCAGCCAGCUCCAAAGCAAAAUUGAAGAUGAACAGAUAUUGGGCUCUCAGCUUCAGAAGAAAAUCAAGGAGUUGCAGGCCCGUAUUGAAGAACUGGAGGAAGAGAUUGAGGCUGAGCGGGCAUCUCGGGCCAAAGCAGAGAAGCAACGGUCUGAUCUCUCCAGGGAACUUGAAGAGAUCAGUGAGCGUCUGGAGGAAGCUGGCGGGGCAACAGCAGCCCAGAUUGAAAUGAACAAGAAACGUGAGGCAGAAUUCCAGAAAAUGCGUCGGGACCUUGAAGAGGCCACCUUGCAGAAUGAAGCUACAACAGCCGCCCUCCGCAAGAAGCAUGCAGACAGUACAGCUGAACUUGGAGAACAAAUUGAUAACUUGCAGCGUGUCAAGCAAAAACUGGAGAAGGAAAAGAGUGAGCUGAAGAUGGAGAUUGAUGACCUUGCUAGCAACAUGGAGUCUGUGUCUAAGGCCAAGGCCAAUCUUGAAAAGAUGUGCCGCACCCUUGAAGAUCAGGUCAGUGAGCUUAAAACAAAGGAUGAAGAGCAGCAGCGGACUAUUAAUGACUUAAAUGCUCAAAGAGCUCGUCUGCAGACAGAAUCAGGUGAAUUCUCGAGACAAGUAGAUGAAAAAGACCAGUUAAUAUCCCAGUUAACUAGAGGCAAGCAAGCUUUUACUCAACAAAUUGAAGAACUGAAGAGACAACUUGAGGAAGAGAUUAAGGCAAAGAAUGCAUUGGCACAUGGUCUGCAAUCUGCGCGCCAUGAUUGUGACCUCCUUCGAGAACAGUAUGAAGAGGAGCAAGAAGCCAAGGCUGAGCUCCAACGUGCCAUGUCCAAGGCCAACAGUGAAGUUGCCCAGUGGAGAACCAAAUAUGAGACUGAUGCCAUUCAGCGCACUGAGGAACUUGAAGAAGCCAAAAAAAAGCUUGCCCAGCGUUUGCAGGAUGCGGAGGAACAUGUAGAAGCUGUGAAUUCCAAAUGUGCUUCCCUUGAGAAGACAAAACAGAGGUUGCAGAAUGAAGUGGAGGACCUAAUGAUUGAUGUGGAGAGGUCCAAUGCAGCUUGUGCAGCUCUAGAUAAAAAACAAAAGAACUUUGAUAAGAUUCUGGCAGACUGGAAACAAAAAUAUGAGGAAACACAGUCUGAACUGGAAGGUGCACAGAAGGAGUCUCGCUCUCUCAGCACAGAGCUCUUUAAGAUGAAGAAUGCUUAUGAGGAAUCCUUGGAUCAACUGGAAACUCUAAAACGCGAGAACAAAAACUUGCAGCAGGAGAUUUCUGACCUUACGGAGCAAGUUGCUGAAAGUGGAAAAGCCAUCCAUGAACUGGAAAAAGUGAAGAAGCAGAUUGAACAAGAGAAGAUUGAUCUCCAGACUGCUCUGGAGGAAGCUGAGGCCUCACUGGAACAUGAGGAAGGCAAAAUCCUUCGCAUCCAACUGGAGCUCAACCAGGUGAAGGCUGAUAUUGACAGAAGAAUCGCAGAGAAGGAUGAAGAAAUUGAUCAGCUGAAGAGGAAUCACCUGAGAGUAGUGGAGUCCAUGCAGAGCACAUUGGAUGCUGAAAUCAGGAGCAGAAAUGAUGCUCUGCGUCUUAAGAAGAAGAUGGAGGGAGAUCUGAAUGAAAUGGAAAUCCAGUUGAGCCAUGCCAACCGACAAGCUGCUGAGACCUUGAAGAACCUCAGAAACACACAAGGGAUUCUCAAAGAUACACAAUUGCAUUUGGAUGAUGCUCUGAGGAGCCAGGAAGAUCUGAAGGAACAAGUGGCCAUGGUUGAGCGCAGAGCUAACCUGAUGUUGGCUGAGAUUGAGGAACUCCGGGCAGCUCUGGAACAGACAGAGAGAGGCAGGAAAGUGGCUGAACAGGAGCUUCUAGAUGCCACUGAGCGUGUGCAACUCCUCCACACACAGAAUACUAGCUUAAUCAACACCAAGAAGAAGCUGGAAACGGAUAUUGCCCAAAUCCAGAGUGAAGUAGAGGAGACAAUUCAGGAAGCCCGUAAUGCAGAAGAAAAAGCCAAGAAGGCCAUCACUGAUGCAGCCAUGAUGGCAGAGGAGUUAAAGAAGGAACAAGAUACUAGUGCACAUUUAGAAAGGAUGAAGAAGAACCUGGAUCAGACUGUGAAGGAUCUGCAACACCGUCUCGAUGAAGCAGAGCAGCUGGCACUGAAAGGCGGGAAAAAACAGAUCCAGAAACUGGAGGCUAGAGUUCGUGAGCUGGAAGGUGAAUGUGAGAACGAACAGAGGCGUAGUGCAGAGGCUAUCAAAGGUGUCCGGAAGUAUGAGAGAAGAGUGAAGGAAAUGACCUAUCAGGCUGAGGAAGACCGGAAGAAUAUACUCAGGCUUCAGGAUCUGGUGGAUAAACUACAACUUAAAGUGAAAGCAUACAAGCGACAAUCUGAGGAAGCUGAGGAACAAUCCAAUGCGAACCUUUCCAAGUUCCGCAAGAUGCAGCAUGAGCUGGAAGAGGCCGAAGAGCGGGCUGACAUUGCUGAGUCCCAGGUUAACAAACUCAGGGUGAAGUCCCGAGAAGUGCAUAAGAAGGUUGUCGUAAGUGAAGAAUAAGAUGCCUUGGAAGCUGUGAAGUGAAUGAGGAGAAGCACAAAAUGUGAAGCUCUUUGUUCCUUCAUGUAUUUAUUGUCUUGUUUUUCCUCAGUGUUUAGAAAAUAAAAGUUGUAGAAACCAUUGCAUAUUAAAA